UGUCGGGACUUUACUGCCGCCUGCAGGAUGCUGUAGCGUUAAGAUCACGCCCCCUUCACUGUCCCUGCCGUGUGUCGGCUUUCUGACUGUUCACACUGCGAGUUUAAACAGUACAGCACAGGGGGAUGGAGUAAAAAACAAGGAAGGCAUGGAAGAAAAAACAAGCAAAACGGUCGACAUUUAUCGCGACACAUGGGUCCGCUUCUUAGGCUAUGCCAAUGAGGUCGGGGAGGCUUUUCGUGCUCUGGUACCAGUGAGCUUCGUAUGGGGCAGCUAUGCUGUGGCCACUGUGUAUGUUACCGCUGAUGCUGUGGACAAGGGGAAGAAAGCAGCUGAGGCUCACGGAGACAACCCAGGGAAGACGACACGGGUAGCGGUGGCAGUGGUGGACACGUUUGUGUGGCAGGCCCUCGCCUCUGUGAUCAUCCCGGGCUUCACCAUUAACCGUGUGUGUGCUGGGUCACUAUACCUGCUGGGCAGAACCACCAAGUUGCCCCUGUCCGUCCGCAAGUGGACCACUACAGCUAUAGGCCUCUCUACAAUCCCCUUCAUCAUUUCUCCCAUAGACAGGUCAGUGGAUUUCCUGCUUGACUCGAGCAUUCGGAAGAUCUACAAUGAGGAAGAGAAGGACAAAUAAGGACGGAUCAUGCAGGACAAAAUGUCCCCUCGCGGGUAGAAGCCAGUCCUGUCGACAUACUGUACACCUGUGCUGGUUAUCUACCUCUGUGUGAAGAAUAAUUUCAUGGAGCAAGACUCCACAGUUAGUCAAAGAUGCAUAUAAUAAAAUAGAUUUUAUUUCAGAUAAAUAUUAGUAAAUUAAGUUGUUAAAAGGGAAAUCCUGCUCCAUGAAAUAUCCCCUUUGGGAUCCUUAACUUUAACCUCUCAGGGCAAUCUGGAUCGUGACACCAAAAAAAAAUGCCUAAACCGAAAAGUAACCGCGUGAAAACUGUAUAAAUAUUCUCGGUGAAAUUCUGCCUCUAAGUAUUUUUCGGCAGGGAUAGUGUGCUGUUAUGUUCCCGUCAUCCUCCGUACAGAGGAAGGUUGCCCUCGUGGUUUAGAGUUGUGAGCUCACCUCAUGUCCAGAUGUAAAGAAGAGUCAAUACAAAUCCACACGUGCUGUGUUUCUACGCCAUAUUCAGUGGAACUGUAAUGACAGGCCAAAAAGAAAAGCCAGUUUGCCACAAUGUCGCUCUUAUUCAUUACGUACCUAAAGUUUGUCUUUGACUGUUUGUGAAAACAAAAGUUACUGUUGCUUGGAAUAGAUGUUUUCUCACCGUUUCAUUCGACCUUAUUGUCGGUCAUGGGAGCCAAGGUUUCCACAGGGAGAGUUUUUACAAUCCAUAUGAAUUAAAAUGGUAUAUGGCUCUCUUAAACUAAUUCUUAUAGUUCAAGAGAGCGUCACAAGUAUUUGAAUUAUUUCUUAUCAAGAUACUUCUUUAAUCUGAAAAUAUUAAACAUACACAUUUAAAAAAUCUCUAACUAAAUUUGAAAUAUCAUUCGCCUCAUCCAUUUUUAAUCAGGCUUUCAAUCAGUGUAUUUCCAUAUAGUAAAUGUGCACUACAUUUUGAAUUGCACUUGUGACGGUCAGUGUCGUAGCUAUGCAGAAAAGGGUUUAAGGGAUUCUUUUAGAAAUAUACAGAUACUGUAUGUCAAUAAUCUUUCCAAUUCUUUUCUUUUGAGGAGCCAAGUCAUAUAUACUGUAUCUCAUGCUAAACUAUGCAAAGGGAAACUCUUUAAAAUGAGUGGUUACAUAAUGUGAAAUAAAAAGGGGGAUCUGAUACUAAAUGUAGCUUGACAUUUGGAUGAGCUGUCAACAAGACAAAGGAACAUUUUGUUUUCUGUCAGUAAUGUACCAUUCUAGCAAUAACUUUUGUUUAAUGUGUUUCGUCACAUCCUAUUCUCUUUGCUGUGAAGGAUGUGGUUCACCUUGUCAUGGAAAGACGUGUGCGGAAAUAUUGUGAAAAUCUGGGGUGCACCAAUUAUUAUUUUUUGCCUGCUGAUGCUUCCUGUUCAAUAGUAUUUUAAAAACCACACCAGGUGCACAAUAUUCUUUUUAUUGGUGUUUUAAAUGAUUUGCAACCCACGCUCAAAGACGCCGUGUGUGCAGUAUCGGAUGUUCACAUAAGCACAGAGGUUACCUUUACAUUGUGUAGGUGUGGGUGUAAGGGUAUUUAUGUUCUUCAUCAUAGCAGGGAAAGCACAAGUGUAAGUAACAAAGGCCCCCCGAGUCUGCACAUAUUUACUUUAAGUGUCCCAGUAAGCCAUGACAGUAAUUAAUUGUGCAACAUGGGCCUGUAACUGGAACACUUAGAUGUAAUGCAACCAUAAUUAAUGUUAUUAAUGACGCUUUUCCUCCUAUAAUAAGCAUAUUGGUGCAUCCCUUGUGAAAAUCUAUAUAUUCAAUUUUAACAUUUCAGAAUGUGCACAGAACUUCAUUGUAUUUCUAUUUUUGCGAGUAAAAAGGGAAGGUUUACUUUUUUUUGAACAUCUCAUGUGGCCGUGUGUUUAGAAGUGGGUUUUAUGAGUCACAGUUUCAGCCUUGACUAUAUAAAGAAAAAAGGUUAACACCUUAAACUUUGUUCGGUGUGCUGUGAUGGUUCACAAUGUGGAGAUUAUUUUUUUUUCAAAAUGUGAAAGCUGAAGAUCCAUUCAUUACAAUGGAAACACAAUAUUCUGUAACAACUUCUGACGCACUGGAGAUAAAAUGAUGAAAUAAAUGAUGUAGCGACACGCA